CAGGGGAGCUCGCUUGGUGUCUGCAUACCGCGCAGAGCAAUGGGGAACAGCGGCUUCUCUCUCCUCACCCUGGCAUUGGUGACUCUUGCUGCUGCAGCACAGGAAAAGUGCGCCCUGUCUGGGACCUGGACCAGCAGUCGGGGCUGCCGGAUGCUCAUCUUCGAACUCAAGGGCGGGGCCUUCUCCGGCUUGUACCUGCCUCAGGAGGCAAUGGUCCCCUACCACAAUGUCCUGGCGUCGCCACUGCGGGGGGCCCAGCACGACACCAGUGGCAAGGCCCAGCCCAGCUUCGGCUUCACCGUGCACUGGUGUUUCCGAGAGUCCCCGGCAGGGGCGACGACCGCCUUCGUGGGCCAGUGCUUCGUGGACAGUGAUGGGCAGGAGAUGCUGAGGACCGCAUGGCUGCUGCGGGAGGAGGCUGCUGCUGCCAGAGAUGAUUGGAAAGCCACCAGGGUCGGCACCAACGUCUUCACCCGCGUCAAGUGAGGGAAGCAGAGGACCCUGAGGAGCGACGGUGCAGGAGGGCUGCAGCCCCACAGAGCCAGGCCGCAGCACCAGGGCCCUGGGCCCCGGAUCCUGAACCACCCUGAGCCUGUCCCCAGGCUGUUGGGGCUGCGCUGACUCUGGCGUCUCCCUCCUCUCGGCCUCCCCCCAGCACUGCUCCUGCCCCCACGGGCCGU